AUGCACGGGUGGCGCCUCGUGACGAUCAUACAACGUAUAAGCACAUUCUCUUCUUCAAAAUUCUGUUCUACGACAUAUUUCACGACGAAAAGACAUAUGGCUACAAAAACUACUAGUGAUCCUGUACCACGUAUUGAUGAUAAAGAUGGAUCGUAUUCAUCUGGUUGCACUCUUUCGUACUGGCUUGACUCAGUCGAACGACCGAAGUUCCCAAAAUUAACUGACAAUAAAACGUGUGAUUUUCUUGUUGUGGGUGCUGGAAUCGCUGGUAUAACGACUGCCUAUUGUAUUGCGGAGCAUGAUCCAUCGAAAAAAGUGAUCUUAGUCGAUGAUGGUGAGAUUUGCUCAGGUGAAACUGGUCGAACGACCGCUCAUUUACAAAUUGAAUAUGACGAUCACUAUUUUGCCAUCGCUCAUAUGUUCGGUGAUGAAAUUGCUCGUCUCGUGUGUCAAUCAAAUCAACAAGCCGUUGAUUUUAUGGAGAAUUUGAUCAAAAAAGAAAAGAUCGAUUGUGAAUUCGAACGUUUACCCGGUUACUUGAUUCCUGUCAAGGAAAGUCAUAUAAAGGAUGUGAUUGACAAAGAAUUCAAAGCCUCGUCCAAAGCUGGAAUGAAUGUUGAAUUACUUGAAACUGAUGAUAAACUACCGAAAUAUCCAGUAGAUUAUCCUCGAUCACACUGGCUCCGUUUUGUCAAUCAAGGUCAAUUUCAUCCAUUGAAAUACUUAUAUGCGUUAACACAGAUUUUAACAAAGAAAUAUCCUAAUGUGGAGAUUUUUACUAAUACGCAUGUGCUGGAUAUUCAGGAUGAUAACAAAGAAGAUGGCACUGGUGAAGUCUAUGUCAUCACAUCAGAUAACAAACGAAUCGAUUGUAAAAAAAUGGUUCUAGCUACAUAUGUGCCGAUCAAUGAUCGUGUGACAAUGUAUACAAAAAUGGCGGAAUAUCGAACAUAUGCCAUGGCUUUUGAAAUCGAUAAAGGCGUUGUCGAACGAGCUCUCUAUUGGGACACAGAAGAACCUUACAAUUAUCAUCGUUUAACAUCGGAUGAUAAACCAAAUUCAUCCAAGGAACUUUUAAUUGUCGGUGGCAAAGAUAAUCUCGUUGGCCACGAAUUAACAUCGUAUGAAGAAACCUUUACAGCAUUAGAAAAACUAGCCCGAGAUAAAUUUCCUAUAGCAGGGAAACUACGUUACCGUUGGUCGGGACAAGUUGUUGAACCUAUUGAUACUUUACCAUUUCUUGGCCUCAAUCCUGGAAACAAAAAUAUCUUCAUUAUAACAGGUGAUUCAGGAACUGGUAUUACCAACGGAACGAUUGGUGCAUUACUUUGUCGAGAUCUUGUAUUUGGAUAUGAUAAUCCAUAUAAGAAAAUUUACGAUCCUAGUCGACAAAUGACGAAGAAUCCAUUUGGAUAUAUUAAACACAAUAUAGAAGCCGGCGCAUCACUUUUUGAUUAUGUGACUGGUGGUAGUUGUCCCGCAGAUAUUGAGGAUUUAAAACCAGGAGAAGGUUGCAUUCACCGUGAAGGUUUACAAAAGUUAGCUGUGUAUAAAGAUACAAAUGGUACUGUAUAUAAAUUUUCAGCAGUAUGCCCGCAUUUGAAAGCUCUUGUUCGGUACAAUCCUCUGGAGAAAACGUUUGAUUGUCCAUUUCAUGGUUCGCGUUUCGAUCGUUUUGGCAAAGUGAUUAACGGACCAACAAAGCACAAUUUAACAGAUGCUCAUUGUGAAGUUAUUCCAGCUGGAUCCAGCACAUCUAAAUAA